AUGCCGCUGGUUUUUCUUCCGCAAAUACUGUGGCACAGUAAGGACGACAAACGAUGUGAUCGUGUGUAUUCCCUGGACUUCCAGCCACAGCACGGAAGACCGCAGAGUGGAGCGUCGCGCUCUUUCAACAUCGCAACUGGUGGCGCUGACGAAUUUGUACACAUCUGGCAAGUCGACAUCAAUGACAACGCACCUCAGUACGCCACCGACUGCAAUAAAAGCAUCCUCGCGCCGGAUAAUCUGAAGGCAAAGAGCGCACCGGGGGCGCCAGGUGGCGACAAUGAUGUGCAGCCACUCACCGUGAAGAUCCUGGCGCGUCUGGUAGGCCACAUCGGGGAGGUCAACGCCGUCAGGUGGAAUCCGAACGGCGUCGUAUUGGCGUCUGGUGGCGAGGAUCGGUGUAUUUUCCUUUGGGCGAAAUCUGCCAAACCCAACGUCUUAGAUGCGUCCAGUCAGGACUACGAGGAGCACUACGCGCGCUUCCAGUAUUAUAGAUUAUCGCAUGUGGUCAACAGCAUCAGCUGGUGCCCUGAUGGGAGAUUAAUCGCAGUUGCUACCGAGGAUGGCCACGUGUCGCUCAUCGACACCUACGUGGAAGGGAAUGGGAAGAUACGGCACUUUGAGGGCCACACGAGCUUCGCUCAAGGGGUGGCCAUGUGUCCGCAGAACAUUAUGGUGGCUUCUAUGGGCCAGGAUCAAACACUGAGGAUAUGGAAACGACGCAAUGAAAAGCAGUGGAAGAAUAUCCUUAUCCUCAAGUCUGCGAAGGACCGGUCGGAAUUCAAGGAAUCCAUAGGAAUGGAGAGCGACGAUGUGAGAUACAACCGAUCUGUCUUUAUGAACGAAGAACUGUCCGCGUUUUUCAGGCGGCUCGACUGGUCGCCGGAUGGCCGAUUCCUGGUGACUCCAGCGGGGAUUCGGCAUAAUUCGCUGUUCAAAAAAGAGGAGGAUGCGGAACCCAAAAAUGAUUCCGUCUAUACCUUGUACAUAUUCCACCGUAAACUCAUAAACUUGGGCAUACCAAUGGUGACGCAUCAAUCGCCCACUGGUCCUUUCGUGGUCGUCAAGUUCUGUCCGCUUGACAUCGCGAAAAUCGAGAAGGAAAAGAUCGACUUCUUCAACAAAAUAUUCAAGGCCGGACCGAAAAAUGCCAAACCGAAGAAACCUAGAUCGAAGAAGCCAGUUAAAAACCAAGAGGCGCCUAAGGAUGCAUCAGAUGCCAAUCUGAAGUCGGACUCGCUUACGGAUGUGCCCAGCACAGUUACAGCCGCCAGUGAUGACGCGCCUUACACGGAUGGAGUAACGCAAACGGCGGAAAGUCAAUCACAAACUAGUACUGAUGGAAUUGAUGCGGAAAUGGCCGGUGUUAACGGGGAGGAUGAGACAAUGGGUGACGUAACCUGUACCCCACCGUCAGUCGUCGUUGCAGGUAGUGAAACUGAUCUGGGCAGCGUUAAGGAGGAAUCAGUAUCGCAGUCGCAGGUAUCGCUGAUCUCGUCCCAAUUAAGUGAUAUGCCUGCAAAACUACAAGGAAUAGAAAACAGCGUUCUAACAGAGAUGAAGGUUGAUCCGGAAGCCAGCGGGAACUAUGCUGCCAUGAAGAGCGAACCGCUGGACAUAAGCGACAUGGAUCUAACGCAAACAAUGACUUCGGUAGCCAUAGAUUGCGACGCUGCGGUGGAUACUCAAGAAGAGGUUCUAGAUAACGAUGUAGCCUCCAGCGGUGGCCUCAGAUCCAGCAAACGUGAAAUCAAGAAGCCGCAGUUCUACGCGGAAACCAUAAGCGCACAGCACGAGCAAUCUAGAACCUCUAAACCGAAGGUUGCCAAGAAGGAUGAGGAAAAGGAAUACGACACUGACGUUGAGGAUGACGUUGUCGUGCCGCGGCUCGUGUUUGCCGCUGGCACCCUCGACGGCUCCCUCUGCUUCUACGACACAAUGGAGAAGAAGGGGCCGAUAGCAGUGCUGAAGAAUCUGCACUACUGCACCAUUACAGAUAUCGCAUGGUCGCCAGAUGGGUUAGUGUGCGCGACGGCUUCCAGUGACGGAUACAUCACCUUCGUAGUCUUCCAAAAGAAGGAAUUCUAUUGA